AUGUAUGACCCGAGGUGCGGCGGUGUUACUCGGCCAAUCGACGGACCCGUGAAGUUUCAAGAACACCGCACGUCGAUACAAGGUCGAGGAGCCGUUGAGGAUCACUCCUUUGUUAUUGCCGAGGAGCUACAUUGGGAACGUAUCAAAAGUGUUACGCAGAACUUAUUUGCCCAGGAUCGUGAGUUACUGUGGCGCCAUCUCCGCGAAUGCAUGGCGGACAUUGAGGGCCGCUCUGAAUCGCAUACCAACGCUCCUUGUAACGGCAGGAGUGGCUCCGGCUUCGUCGCAUCAGAACCGGUUCCCCCAUCAGCUUUUGAGAAGCCAGUGGUCGGAAUGUCACACGGGUUCGAGCAACGAACUGCUCCGUCUAUUCGAGUAGUCGCCCGUGCAGAGCAACACCGGAGCAACGCAGCUCAUCGUGCGACUCCCGUCGUGACGCCAGUUCCGCCGCGACCACCUUUCGCCUUCCAUCACGCCCCAAGCCAUCCUCCACUUCUUGCACCGGCUUCCGUUUCACCUUGCUCCAAGGUCAUCACCGCUGUCGAACGCGUUCACGGAGAUGGGCUCGCUCACCAGGACUUUUUUCGCUCCCUACACUCAGGCGGCCCCGCUCCUUCCGCUCUCUUUGAAGAGGCCUCAAUCGCUUGCAAUUGGCGUGCCGAUGCGACAACUACUUGCGGCUAUGCCUCUCGACGCAGCGAGAACCCUCCCGAUAGGACCAAUGUUAAAGCCCAACUCUUACCACUCGCAUCAACAUCAUUCACCGUCCCUUCCGCGACGUCUCUGCCCGGCUCUUCCGAGGUGCUGUCCUACGCGCCGAUUCCACAGGACGUCGCAUCGCUCAUUGAUUAUACGCCAUACACCUCGCUCAUGCCAGUGGAUGGCAAUCAGGAGGCCGGUAGCUUUGCACCGCAUUCCGCUUUUGGGAACGGGUAUCUCGCAAACGGCAGCUUGCCUUCAUGCCCCGACCCAUGCUUCGAUCCAACUCCCCUAUGUCCGGCGGGCAGUGACGCCCGCUACGGGAUUUUCGAGACAUACGACGCGUACCAUGGUGGCACGUCGAUGGAAAGCUGGUACCCCCCGACGUUUGCACCCUGCCCGGUCAACGCCCCGGAGCAGAUGGUGACUGACCUCGAAUUCAACAACACGCCAAGUCAAGGAGCACACGGUGUACACAUCGAUCCAUCGGGCUUCCCACACUAG